AUGACGGACAAUACCCUUGAGGAUUCACUCCUUCGCCCAGUACAAGAAGAAGGACAGCAGAAAACGCCGGCCACACUUGAAAUGCUGGCAGACCUUCUGCACAAGAACCCUGAUCUGUUACCCCUACUACAGACACAAGGACGUGGAAAUGCCAUAAGUAGAAGGCUACAACCCAUCACCAGUGCCUUAGCAGCAGUGGCCUGUGGAAGCUAUUCUUGGAUCAGGUUUUUGGUAGUGUUCUUGUUGACAGCCCUUUUUAAUGUUGUUAACCUGAAGCCAGAAAUACCGAAAGAAAGGCGUGCGCAGUUGGACAAGAUUGAGAGGGAUCUUGGGGACGUAAAGAGGAAACACGAGAAGGUUCUUCAUGACAAGACAAGAAUGGAAGAAAAGGUAUUGCCGCAAUUUGCUUUUUUGUUUAUUUUUUUCACAAAUAAACUUAAAGGCCAGAUAAAAAAUAUUAGGUAAUAAAUAUUUAGAUAAAAUACGCUAUAAUUGUGCUUUGAAGGCCUGGCAGAAUAAAGUCCUGCUUUAGUACCAUUAAAUGAACGUGCACCCCAGAAUUGUGAAAGAUAGAAUUUACUCUCUUGAUAGGCAGUCAUUGGUUUGAGCCCAAGCAGUCCUAGCUGAUAUAAAAUUUUAUUAUAUCCAUUUUGAAGUCACUGGUGAUCCCUGCAAUCUGAUUGGCUCUCAGGAGUGUGAUUUAUUCACGAGUCACACUAUUUUUUGCUCUAAGUCACAUUUGUUCUAAAUCACGUCAUUCAGGAUCUAAAUCGCAUCAUUUCUAUUUUAAAUUGCACCACUUUCGCUCUAUAUUGCAUCAUUUCUGAUCAAUUCUGUUUCGUGUACGUACGAAGUGAGGUGUAUUAUACAUCACUACAAAGACUCCAAAGACCCCCCAUGGAUGAGAAUAAACCUUAUUUCGGCUAUUUCAUAGAAUAUCCCAACAUUUUCCGAAAUUUAGCCAAGUUUUGAAAGGUCAGCAUGAAGUAAGGGCUAACUUCACAAACUCAGUAGAGAAACGAUUUCACAUACUGUGCGAGCGUGUGUAAAAAAUGACUCCAGUCUCCUGUGUAAGGGUCACACUCGGUAUUCCUAUAAAACACAGAUAAUGGGAAAUAUACUAAACACACCGUAUGGACGAUGAGAAGUGAGAAAAGGCCUCUCUUCCUCUUUUCCUCCUUCCCAUCGUCCCCCGAGCGCUUUUAAGUUUUUUCCUCUCCCCAGCCCCCCAAUGACACAAUAGGGAGUUUAAGCAGCGACGUUUUUGAGCGUCGCGCGUCAACCAGAACCGAGUCUUUUUCUCCUUUUAUGUCUUGAUGCUAUCAGAUUUGUAUUGCUAAGUGCCUUUACCCUUGUAAAGACGAUUUGCCCAAAAAUUUGUUCAAAAUCACUGCUCAAGAGUGCAAAAAACUCCACUUUCGGUUGACGUGCAUCGCUCAAAAACGUCGCUGCUUAAUCUCCCUAAUGAGGCUCCUCCCCUGAGGAGGAGAAAGUGCCCCCCUUUUUGUCUGAUUUGCAAUGAACUAAGGGGAUAAACUACGCAGGGUCAAUUAGCCACUAGUUUCCCCUUUUGUGUCAAAGAUACUCAUUAGUAAUAAUUUUGACCACCUACUCUUUAUUUAUUUGAAAAUUAUUUAGAUCCAAACAGCUGCUGAAAGUUACUACAGGAUCUCCCGAAACGAUAACCUCGAACUGGAAAUGGGACUCGUCAAUUCCACAUAUGUUCUGGGCACAUGCCAAGAUGCUUUGAAGUAUUUAGAAACUGAGAUCUCUGACCUGCAGCGUGGAACAAAACUAACCCCUACUCAUAUUCUUAAACAAGUGAUCAUUUUCAUGGGGUUAGUUAUCGCAGCUGUUUUAACUGUUGGCAGUAAGUUCAUUAUGUUCUCUUGUAUAUGGUUUAAGACUUGGGACAUUUGAACCCUUCAUACGCUUUAAAGGUACGGGUUAAGAUGCCAAAGGAUAAGGUUUUUUAUCAUUUAUUCAAAAUAUUUGUCCGUUUUUUAUUGACUCAGAUUUCCGUUUAAUUCUUUAUAACCGCUUGCGUCGACCAAAUUUGGAAGACGAUUGCAAUAUCCAAUAAAGUGACGUCAAUUGUGUAGGAUAACGCCAGAAAAAGGCACGGUUUGCAAAAAGACCUCGGAACAAGGUUGCGUUAAUAUUAUUUUGGUAAAGCUGGAGAACAUGGCGGAAGACCUUACACUUGUUGUGAAGAGGGAAUAGCCGAACUACUUCCUGAAAAACAUAGCAAACAGAAAAACGACAACUCGGCGGAUUUCAACUGCUAUUUAACAAUUAUUCCUCGAGCCCGAAUGAGUUCUGAGUCAAUAGCCCAUGAGGCGGAACGCCGAAUGGACUAUUGACUCAAAGGCCGUGAGGGCGAGAGGAAUAUUUUUUUUUUUUAGUAAAAUCCAACUAGUUGGUCAAAAAUAUUGAGACAAAACAACUUUAGCUAGUUAAAGCUAGGCUAGGCUAGUCUAAUAAAGUUAAGAAGGUCACUUUUUUUCCCACUCACUGAUUCUAGCUCACUUGAGAAUCUGCUUAAUGAUCGUCGCUGGAUUCGUUGGCAAGAGGAAUGUGCAGACUUACUUCAGCAACCAAAUGUUGUUGGCCAAAUGCGAAGAUUUCCGUAAGAACGACCUGCGGAAAGCUGAGCAGUUGCAUAAAGAGCUGAGACGUGAUGUGGAGUAUAAGCUGCCCUCCCUGAAAAAACAUCUGGCUGUGUUGGAUAUUGAGGUGUCGCUGUAUACUUCUUUGCACUCCCAUUCUGACUGA